UUCCCGUAUUUAGACGACGAUCCAAUACACACACGUGUUACAAUCAUUCUAGGAUCUAGGAGCGAGUCGAGUACGAGUGCAUAGCACAUGCAUGCACGAGAGAGGACUAGACGUACCUAGGCAUGUUAAGUUCUGCGCAACACUUUGAAGAGUUGGAAAAACUAUUGUCAUGUGCUAUGAGCAGCUCUGUAAACCUUGCUGAAGACGUACAGGAUGAAGACGACUGCAAGUAUCAAGCAUACCUAGCUGAAAUUGAGGCGUCUGUUCUCCAACUUGCUACACUAUCUAACGAAGUAACAUUAUUGAAGAACUGUGCUCGUUUUGUUACUGAUACUUGUGUACCACGGAGUGAGUUGGAGGAUCCUGAUGAUGUAUGUGAAAAAUUUCUAACCAAUCUUGCCACUGCUCGUGCUACGGCUGACACGUAUGACCCAAUGACUCAUUCAAAAUAUGUGGACUUCAAGCGAUGUCUUGAUGACGGUGAUGGAGAUACUUCAUUGCGUAUGUGUGGUGAUGGUGACUUAGUUGUUGAUAAAGUACAACGGUCUCUUUACUGCCCACUCACAAAGAAGUUGCUUGAGAAACCAGUUACAAGCAAACAGUGCCAUCAUUCUUACUCACACGAGUCAAUCAUGGAGCAUAUUAGGAAAAGGGCAAUUGCAAGAUGUCCAGUGUGCAAUGAAUCUAUCACUGUAAAUGAUUUGGCUCCUGAUAGAGCACUAAGAAAAAUGGUCAAGAGGAAGAGAAAGGAGCAGACCUUAGGGAUACUAGGCUCAGACUCAUGUGGUGUUGUUCAGUUAUAGAUGUACUGCAUUCUACAUGUACAUAAUUUGAAAUG